CCUCCCAUCAUCUGAUGCUCAUUCAUCCUCCUCCUCCAGCAAGACCUCAAUGAGACGCUGCGAUAACAGACAACCAUUGUUGUUUCAUCGCUCUCCAUGAAUUCAUCUUCUGUUCACCUCUGGAUGCGUAAAUGGUGCUCUUUCUUCAACGGUUACUGCCACAUUUAGCCAUAUUGUUUCCGUUUCUGAAGCUGUUCUCGUGUUUGGAAUAAAAUAGCGCACAAACCGAAACUGAGGAAAUAGAGGUUGACAAUGAAGCAGCAAUAUAUUUAAAUCUGGAGAUAUUGACAGAUGUCUACAAAAAGGUGGGUUACCAAGGAUUAUUACGACAGUGGACUGGCUGUCAGUGCGUGUGCUCCUCUUCUGCCCGACCCCACUGGCCCCUCAUGCUGCUAUGCCCCUUGCCCUGCCCUCUCAGCACAUCCAGAGGAAGGACUGCCCGUCCCUGUAGGAAUGCCUGUUCGGGCCUGGCACCUGUCUCUGCCCGCGGCUGCUCCCACACCUUUUGCCAUUCCACCCCCCAUCAGCUCUCGCAGGCUGUUCCAUCAUGAACGAUGAGGUCAUCAGCACUAAUGCACUGGCCUGGCUGGUCUGCUCAGGAGUGUCCAUCCUGGCCAAUGCCUGGGGAAUUCUGAGCGUGAGCGCCAAGCAGAAGAAGUGGAAGCCUCUGGAAUUCCUCAUCUGCACACUGGCUGGGACACACAUUCUCAACAUGGGUAUCCCUAUCACCAUGUAUUGUGUUAUUCAGCUGCGGCGACAGCACUCAAACUAUGAAUGGAACGAAGGACUCUGCAAGGUGUUUGUCUCCACCUUCUACACCCUUACCCUGGUCACCUGCUUCUCUGUCACCUCCCUGUCCUACCACCGCAUGUGGAUGGUCCGCUGGCCUGUCAACUAUAGGUUGAGUAACACCAAAAAGCAGGCUGUCCAUACGGUCAUGGGCAUCUGGAUGGUGUCAUUCAUUCUGUCCACCUUGCCCGCUGUGGGCUGGCAUGAUACCACAGAACGCUUUUACACCCACGACAACUGUCGCUUCAUUGUGACCGAGAUUGGCUUGGGCUUUGGUGUCUGCUUCCUGCUGCUGAUCAGUGGGAGUGUCGUGAUGGGCGUCAUCUGUAUUGGAAUUGCCCUCUUCCAGACCUUUUCCAUCCAGAUGGGUCAAAAUGUGGACAAGAACAAAUUUAACGUGCCCACCAUUGUAGUGGAGGAUGCCCAGGGCAAGAGGCGUUCAUCCAUCGACGGCUCAGAGCCCAUUAAGACGUCGCUGCAGAUCACCUAUCUGAUCAGUGGAAUAGUCUUCAUAUACAACUUUCUAACUGGAUUCCCCAUAUUGGUGGUGAGCUUUGCCAGCCUGAAAUUUGACCGCUCCUACAGCUGGAUGGUCCUGUGUGUCCUCUGGUGCUCCAUAGCACAAUCAAUCCUGCUCCCCAUGUUCCUGUGGGCUUGCGACCGCUACAGAGCAGACGUCAAGAUGGUCUGGGAGAAAUGUGUGGCCAUCAUGUCCAAUGAUGAAGUGGAUGAAGAAAACAGCCAGGAUGGAGGCAUUCAUCCGGACUUAAUUUUUGACAGACCGUUUGACUAUAGCUCUGCUGGUGAUAUCAUGACGGUAGACCAUAUUGCCAAGUACGAAUUCUCAACCUUAGAAAGGUGUUAUCCAUUGAGGGAGCUUCAGGAAGAUAAAAUGCACUAUUUGCAGGUGCCCCCUACAAGAAGAUACUCCCACGACGAAACCGACAUGUGGACCACCGGUCAGAUCCCGUCUUACCUGCAUCGCUGGGGCUCCACAGAGGACAUCAUUGGCAUCCCGCAAUACAGCUCACCACGCCACGAGAGACGUCGGAGCAGCCCGGCACCCUACCACGAGGAGAGCCACCUACACCGCAAAAGGAGACGAUCUGAGGACAUGCAUUCACUCAAGCAGAUUCCACGAGUCGAGCGUCAUGAGGAUGAUUUCAAGUGCUUUAGCCGCGACGAAGUGAUUACCUUCAUUGACGAGACGCCAUUGGCUAGUCCAUUGAGGAGCCCGCGGCGAGCCUCUGCAAUCUCUCUGGUUCCAGAGACCUUUAAGCAGCACGUUGUCUUAUUGCCGCAUUUCCCACUCACACACUUUGAGCAUGAGCCUCAAGCACUGAGACGCUGCUCUGAGCAUAGCAAAGGAGCCACGCUAGGCAAGUCUCCUCAGGAUCUGCAGAGAAAGGCAAAGGACAGUAAUGACUACAGGAGCGGCGGUGGCGAAUGCUCAGGCAUCAAGGGAUGCCCUGAACACAGGCAUGAUGCCAAGCGUGCAUCAGAGCUUGUUCCGUUGGGACAGGGUGCACGGACAGGGGAUCCGUCUAGUUCAAGUAUUAGGACAGGACAGGUAGAUGCAUCUGCUUGGGUGGACCAGAAGCACUUGCCUAAAGGGGAAAGCAAAGGAAGCACAAAUAACUUUAUAAGCUCACAAUCUGCAUCGUCAGUCUAUAUGACAUCCAUAGGAUCCACAAACUAAGCAACAGUUUUAUGAGUGUUUUAAACUAGGUCCUGAUAUGCUUGUUAUUACUAAAGUUUUGACUAAGUGGAAUGUUUCUUUUAAUUAGGAACUGGGAUUUAUGAGAUGUGAUGGAUUUGAAAUGGUAUAAGGACAUAAUCAGUGUUUUUUGUUUUUUUUUAUUUUGUUUUUUAUGUGUUGCUGAUACAGAACUGGAUUAUAGGGUCAGUGGGCCUUCAAGGUGAGGAAAGCUGAGCAGCAGAUAAGUGUCCUAAGCUCAGCACUUACAGUUGGAAAUGAACACUAGGCCUUCUGCUCAUACACGUCAACUUAUAUAUAUCCCCUGAAAUAUGGCUGGGCGUUCAACACUUUUAAAAAUAUGUCUUUGAUGCUUAAAAAGUCUAAUAUUAGCCAAACAAAUUAUAUGUUUCCUUAUUUUUUGGCCAAAUUGCCCUUCUAGCAUAGGGGAAGAGGUAGCAAUAUAGGUGGAUGGGGGGAUUGAAACUUGACAAAACAGCCUCUUUUGCAGAUUUCUCAUGUAUUUUUCUCCCUUCAUUAAAAAAAAAAAAAAAAAAAAAAAAAAAAAAAAGGAAACUUGGUGGGGGAAAGGUUAGUUGUAACUUUUAAGUUAGUUAUAUAGUGUUUCUUUAAAAUUCUUUUAACUCUUUACAUGUGUUUUUGUUGUUUCUGGUGGUGUGGCAUGUUAAACCAAAAAGAUAUUUUGUUAUAUCAUUUGAAUUCAUAUUUUUGAAGCACAAGGUUCUUUGAUCCAGAAAUGUUUGCCAAUAUGCUAAAAUGUUUCUUUUUUUACAGAUAUGUUUUAAAUGAGUUUGUGUUAAGUGCUUUGUGAUGAUUGAAAAUGUAUCUGAUGCAUUGUUAUUCUCAUGAUUACAGUCUUAUUUGUCUGGUAGUCCAUAACAAAGUAUGAAAUGAAAAGUGACACAAUUUGAAAACACUCAUAGCCUGAAGUCGACAUGCACUUUUUACAAUAUAAGUGACAUAAUCUUUUGUCAUGUGGAGAAUAGGACAUUUUGAAAGCUGGUGCAAUUUGAUUUGUUAAAGUUGACAUAACCACUGAACUGAAAUUGGAUAUUUGCUGUAUUAGUUUAUGUUGUUUAUGACCAGAUUUUCUACACAUAUCCCAAGACAUCAGCUUUUUAAAAGA